GCCCCGCCAUGGCGCUCAACAAUUUCCUCUUCGCGCAGUGCGUCUGCUACUUCCUGGCCUUUCUGUUCAGCUUCGUGGUGGUAGUGCCGCUGUCCGAGAAUGGCCACGACUUCCGCGGCCGCUGCCUGCUCUUCACCGAGGGCAUGUGGCUGAGCGCCAACCUGACGGCGCAGGAGGGCGAGCGCUUCACCGUGCAGGAGUGGGGCCCGCCGGCCGCCUGCCGCUUCAGCCUGCUGGCCAGCCUCCUCUCGCUGUUGCUCGCCGCGGCGCACGCCUGGCGCACGCUCUUCUUCCUCUGCAAGGGACACGAGGGCUCCUUCCUCCACGCCUUCCUGAACCUGCUGGUCAGCGCCUUCGUGGUCUGCCUGGUCUUCAUCGCCAGCACCAUCGUGAGCGUGGGCUUCAGCAUGUGGUGUGAUGCUGUCACUGAGAAGGGCACCGUGCCCCACAGCUGCGAAGAGCUCCAGGACAUCGAUUUGGAACUGAACGUGGACAACUCCGCCUUCUAUGAUCAGUUCGCGAUGGCCCAGUUCGGCCUCUGGGCCUCGUGGCUGGCCUGGUUGGCCAUCACCAUCCUGGCCUUCCUGAAAGUCUACCACAACUACCGCCAGGAGGACCUGCUGGACAAGCUGGUCCACGAGAAGGAGCUGCUGCUGGCCAGGCCGGCCCCCCACGCCUCCUUCCAAGGCGAGAAGAGCGCCGUCAUCUAG